AAGUGAUUCAGCGCCAUAGCAUUCUUUCGUAAAGGUAUAUGAACCUUAGUAAGGGUUCUCGUAGUUACUGCUGUUUCUAAUAAGAAUCUAGUAAUUUGUGUCACCAGGCCAAUCACAAUGGGUACCUGUUUGUUGAUGUUACUCGCUUUCUAUGGAACUGUCAGUCUAGCAGAAGCAUCAAAAUGUGACGAAGACACCAUAAAAAAAAUAAAAGAAUUGUGGGGCGAGCAUUCCCCGAAGAUCUUAGAGACUGCUGUAGCCAAUGGGAAGGAGGUGGUGAUAGCCACAACCCCCUUUUACUAUGACGUUGACAGGAAGUGCGUCUACUCCAUAUUCGUAAAGGAUAAGGAUCAGUACAAGAUCAUAAACACUGAGGUUCCGAAGAGUGGGUCUGCAAUCACAACAGUUCUCCCUAUAAACGAAUAUGAAGGCUACACUAAUGUACCUGAAAAGACAGUAAGAAGAUAUUAUGUACUGUAUGAAGGCGGUGUUCAGCUUUUAUACAAAUGCUCUACCGAUGGUGAGAUCGGACCCGCUGAAGCAGCGAUCAAAGUGAGAGCUUCCGGGUACGACAAAGACAAGUUGUCUGAGGCCCGAGACAUCGCGAAGAAACUCGACAUGAACCUUUCAACGGAGUUUCCUGAAUCAUGUUUGGACUGUUAAAUUCUUUGUUCAAUGUAUUUAAAUGAGUUUGUAACAAUAAAUUAUUUUUAUUUUAUACAAACUGUACUCAAGA